AUGCAUAGAGGUUCUCAGUACAUCACUGUUCUCGGAGGUCCUCAUCCUGGUAUCUAUGAUGCGCGUCCACCCAUUGGCUAUGGUGGAUACACCUCCCCGCUUCCAGUCAUCAUCCACUACACAGAUCACACCGUUGCGACUUCUGUCUACAUGCUGCAGCCAUUUUUUCAUCGCUUCGCAGGCGAUGCAUGUGAGCCGAACGACCUUAUCAUCAAGGAGAUGGUCCACAGUCUGCUUCUCUGGAAGGAAGCAAGAAAGGUGAUUCCGGAUACACGAGAGUUUGAGAAUGUAUAUGUCGUUGUCCGUGGCAGAAAGACCGGUAUCUUUUUUUCCUGGAAGCAGUGUUAUGUACAGGUUCACGGGUUCUCAGACGUGAGGUUUAUGGCCUACAAGAACUUACCAGAGGCCAUUGCCCACUUCUUGCAUAAGGAGCCUGCAACAUACGAGUCUCUGAAUGAUCCAACAUCAUGGCUAGGGACGUUCGAGAACUAUCUCAUGGAUAUUCUGAAUCAGAGCAUUCGCGCUGAUGAAAAUGGUGAUGACGAUGAGGACGCGGUAAACGGCACAACGGGACGGUCGGAGCACGUUAUAGAAGGACUCAAUGAUCUCAUGCAAACUGUUCACAUUGACAACACGCUGCUGUCGGCGUCUGAACUAUCUGGAAAGGGCCCUCGCAUGACCAACUCAUGUUCCAGCAAGACACAUGUGCACGAGGUAUCAUCCAAGAUAGUCGGCACGUACUCAGAGAUGCCUUCGCAUGCAGCAUGCAUCCCUUCAAACGUUCGAUCUCACGCUGUCAAGAUGGACGCCGGACCUUCGCAAGUGCAAGAGUCUCCUGCUCCCCUGAUCCAUAUCAUCAAUGCAAAGCCCACGACUGCUCUGUACACUGUUGAGCAGUGUUCCACGCCUCUCACACUGACUCCAUACAUUCGGUCUCCAUCUCCAUCUCCUUUCGAUAGUCGGGAUCACAAUCAACAGCGUUCGUGUUGCACUGGUGUCAUCAACCUCAGUUUCAAUGAUGACAUCAACGAGAAGUUUCUUGUACCAUCUCUCGGCACGUAUGCUGAUUAUUACAUAUCAUCCCAUAGUUAUACUUACCGUGCGCGGGUGGAGGUGGUUGCGGCAUUUGCCAAUAGCCGCAAUAGAGAGGAAUUUGUUGCUCGCCUCCAUGGUGUCGAUGUCCCAGCAAAGCACUUAGAAUAUAUCUACUUUCUGUGCAAGAACCGCAUUUAA